AACAUUGCUGCCUUGCAAGAACUAAGAACCCUACAGCAGUUCCCUUGCGUCAAGGUUCAAUCUUCUUUGUUUAUAAGGUAACCCAUCGAUGUUAUCGUCCCUCUUUCAAUGGUUUCUUCGAUUUCUGCCGUUGUUUGCUUGAAAUUUUAACAGUCAUGAUGAUUUCUGCUGUGAGUAUUGGAUUGGAUAGUAAUGGAGGCUAUAGGUGAUGUGCUUUACUAGCUGUUUAACAAGUUGAGAGUAUUUUUAGUUACUUGAUUAGAGAGAUGUGGCAUGCAAUUACCCCAGAAAACUCCAUAGUUGAGGCAAAAUGUUUCCAUAGUCGGCAAUUAUGUUUCAGAGAAGGCAGCCUCCAUAAAGGCAUUGUCAAUUGCUCAGUUACUAAAGUAUCUACUUUUUUCUGUAAUCAUUCCCUCGAGUUCAAUUGCAGAACUCGGUUUUGUUUGCAAUGGAGGGGAGAUGGUUUGGGGAGAAAUUUGCUUCCUGUGCAGUGUAGAGGGAUGCUGAAAAAUGUUGCUAUUGAUAGUGGGGAUGAAGUUGACGAAGGUGUGGACAGUUUUUUACCAAGUACGGAGAGGAAACCGAUUGACCAGAGGAGUUCUAAGAAACUUACAAAUUCUUCAACGCUGUGUUUAGAUGUACCCUUUGUAGAUAAUGAUGAAAAGACCAAUAAUGGUAUCCUUCUGGGUUUCUGCCAACGUGGGAAGUUAAAUCAUGCAAUAAGGUUGGUUGAUGUUAUGGUACGCCGUAAUCAGAUUCCCGACUUUCCUUCUUGCAUAAACAUAAUCAGGGGUCUUAUCAACAUUGAGCUUGUAGAUAAAGCUACGAGAAUCCUAAAAAGCAUGGUUAUGUCUGGUGGAAUUCCAGAUAUUAUAACUUACAACAUGAUGAUUGGUGGUCUGUGUAAGAGGGGAAAGUUAAGAUCUGCCAUGAAUCUCUUGGAGGAUAUGAGUUUGAGCGGUUGCUCUCCAGAUGUGAUUACCUAUAACACAAUACUCCGGUGCAUGUUUGACAAUGGGAACUUUAAUCAGGCUGUUGGAUUUUGGAAGGACCAACUAAGAAAGGGAUGCCCUCCAUUUGUAAUUACCUACACUGUUCUUAUCAAGCUAGUUUGCGAUCACUGUGGAACCUCACGGGCAUUGGAGGUAGUGGAAGAUUUCGCAACUGAAGGCUGUUAUCCAGAUCUUGUCACCUAUAAUUCACUGCUUAAUUUUGCCUGUAAACAUGGGAACUAUGAGGAUGCAGCUAUGGUCAUACGUAAUAUUCUUUCUCAUGGAAUAGAACCUAAUAUUGUAACUUACAACACCCUUCUCCAUUCACUUUGCAGCCUUGGAUGUUGGGAUGAGGUGGAUGAGAUCCUUGCGAUUAUGAAUGAAACUUCCCACUCUCCUACAGUGGUUACUUACAAUAUUUUGAUCAAUGGGUUUUGCAAAAAUGGGCUUUUGGAUCGUGCCAUCUCUUUCUUUGAUCAAAUGGUUUCGAGGGAUUGUUCACCUGACGUUGUAACUUAUAAUACUCUCUUGCGUGCUCUUUGCAGAGAAGGAAUGGUGGAUGAGGCCCUCAGGUUAUUUGGAUUUCUGAGUAGUAGCAGCUUUUCUCUUGGGUUAAUCACUUUCAACAUAGUGAUCGAUGGAUUGGCUAAAAAUGGCAAAAUGGAUAAAGCGAUCGAGUUAUAUGGUCUGAUGAAUGGAAAUGGGAUCACUCCUGAUGAUAUCACCCAUCGUUGUUUAAUUUGGGGAUUUUGCCAUUUAGAUCGAGUUGAGGAGGCUGCGGAGAUAAUGAAGGAGACAAAUAAGAGAAACCACAGGAUCGAUAUUAGUGCUUACAAGUUGGUAAUACUGGGAUUAUGUAGAACUAAGAAGUUGGAUAUUGCCAUACAAGUUCUGGAGAUGAUGAUCUCAAGUCGAUGCAAACCAGAUCAGGAAAUCUAUUCUACUUUAGUUGAAGGGGUGGCAGAUGCUGGAAUGACAGAAGAGGCUAAUGCUUUGAGCAAGAAGUUGAUAGAAUCUAAUAUUCUUAUAGAAAGCCACGCUGGACUAAGCAGAGACUAUGCAGGUUUUUGAAUUUAUACUGGUGCUCCUUUCACCAUCCAGGCAUCCAAUAUUUUGCUGGAAGUUGUUGACGACAAAUAAUACUAUAAGCAUUUUGGCCAAGUUCAUGAGCUUCUCUUGAUCGUCCUUUGUCACAAGAAGCUGUUGGAAGAGUGCUCUCAUGCAAUGUUCUUUCAUGGUAGAGGUCUGCCAUGCAGAUUUUGAUUCUGUGUAAUGAAGCAUCAAGGACUUUUUUUUCUCGAGUCUCGGGAAUGUUGAAUACUCUUCAAAUGCUUAAAACUCUUACUAGUCUUUUACCUAAAAUGGGUUUUGGUAGGAAUGCUGUUGAUUCGACAAUUUGUUCUCGUACGUGCUAUUUUCAAAUUUUGCUGCAAUGGUUUUUCUGGAUC